AUGAUAACAUCAGAUUAUCAUCAGCAUCUACCUCCGUAUAGAUCAUUACUAAAUCCAAAUGCUAAGUAUGAUUAUCAAUUACAUUCAUUGAUCCCUGUCAAUGCUAAUGAUUAUAAUUAUACAAAACAAACCAUUAAACCUUUUAAGAUGAAAUAUAAGAGUUUACUUAAUGAUGUAAACAGAAAGAUUUCUAUCAAAUCAAUGAAGUUUUUUAUUAAAAUAGAUUUCAGAAACCUCCCUAUCGAAAUUCAGUAUUACGUGUUCAGUCUUCUUGAUAUGGAAUCAUUGAAAAAUUGCCUUUUAGUGAAUAAAGAUUUUUACAAGUUAAGUAAGAAAUUCCUAUACAGAGAUUUGAAGUUUGAUUCUAGUUUCAGACUUGGUCAGUUUAUUACCAUUUUGAGAAUCAAUUCCAAACUAGGAAAAUUAGUCAAGACAAUUGAUUUGUCGGACUUAAAGCCUUGUAAUUAUGAUGAAGAGAAUGAAGAAAGUAUUGAAAUCAAAGCUGGUUGGAGAGAUUGGAAGUUUUUGAAGAAUCCUUUAUAUACUAAUAAUCUUACAAGAAUUCAAAGUCAUUCUCCAAGUCAUUCUCCGAGUCAAGUUAGUGGUGAAGGUCAUAAUGGUACCACCAAUAAGAAGAGAAAAUUCUCUUUCUUGAAAAAAAGGAAAAAAGUUAUUCCACCUGUUGUUGUUAAUUAUCACCCCACUAUUAACAAAUUCUUGGUAAACUUCUCCAAUACCAAGGAUAUUCCUAUUGGGUAUUUACUCCAUUUGAUUAACUUAUGUCCUAAUUUGACAGAAAUUAAUUUGUCUAAUGUCAACUUAUCGACUGAUUAUGAAAUUAAUAGGAAUUUCCAUUUCAAAUUUCUGACUUUUGAUUGUAUUAACAAUUAUCCCGUUGAAAGUUUGAAUGUUCUUGGGGAAAUUGACGAUUCCUCUUCCAUUUAUAAUGUCAAGUUAUCUGAAAUUAGUGAUAAUUAUUCCAUCUAUUCAAAUAAUGAACCUAUUUGGAAAUAUCAUUCUUUACUUGAACCAAUCCCUGUAAAGUACAAUAAUGAUGGAAAAUUAUACUUGAGUGAUAUCAACUUGAAAUCCAUCAAUAACAAGUUCUUAACAAGAUUGAAAGAAGCUGAUAUCUUAAAAUUGAUUAUUAAGUAUCAUUAUAAUAAUGGAUUCUUCAAGUAUUUAGAUUUAUCUUCAAUGGUUUGGUUGAAUAAGGAUUUAGUUAAGAAGUUCUUGUCAAAUUUCUUACAUUUUCCAUUAUCUUCAAGGAAUACUGUCAUCAAUUUGAAGAACUCGGGGAUGAUCAAAGAUUUGGCUUGGGCUCAAUUAAUUGAUUUAUCAACUAGUGAAGGUAGAAAAUUAGCCAUUGAUAUCAUUAAUGGUGAGGUAAUCAGCUUCGAAGAAAGGUUGGUUUUGGAAGAUAGAGAGAGAAGAGGAAGAAUGGCUGAAAAUUAUCUUUAA